AUGAACCACAAAUUUGUAAAUUACAUGGGUCUGGAUGAAAGCAAAGAACAAAAUGUGAGGCAAGCCUGUGGCCAGACAGAAACUGUGGAAGAAAAGCUUCCAAUGACCAGUGAAUGCCCUUGGAAACCAUGGCAACAUUCCCGAUCGAGGAUCAAAGGGUAUGUACUGCGGCUGAGGCGUGCCAUGCUUGCCCUGGCUGGAUUAGAGUGGUAUUGUUAUGCUGCUUUAGGUAUUCUCACUGCCCUUAUGAGUUUCCUUAUGGACCUGACUGUAGCCAAGCUACUGCGGGCUCACCAGUGGCUAUACAGCAAACUGGAGGGUGAUGUUGUCCUGCAGUUCUUGUGUUGGACUCUUUAUCCAGUCUCCCUCUGUGCCCUGUCCUCUGGCUUCUCCCACAGUGUCUGCCCGUACUCUGCCGGAUCAGGUCUUCCAGAGGUGAGAACCAUAAUAUCUGGUGUGGAGUUGCCAAACUACCUCUCUCUCUCCAAUCUCUUUGCCAAAGUAGUCGGCCUAAUAUGCACACUAGCAUCCAGUAGCACAGUGUUCCUGGGAAAAGUGGGGCCAUUUGUACAUCUGUCUACCAUGGUGGGAGACUAUCUGAAUUCUCUUUUUUGUUCCAUGUCUGGUGAAAAAGAGAGAGGAACCCGGGGGGAAAUGCUGGUUGUGGCUGCAGCAGUGGGAGUGGCCAGUUGUUUUGGAACACCAAUCAGUGGUGUACUCUUCAGCAUAGAAGUCAUGGGUACUCACUAUGCAGUGAGAGAUUACUGUCCGUGUUUCUUCGCGGCAGCCUGCGGUGCACUCACCUUCCGGCUGCUGGCAGUGUUUAGCAGAGAGCAAGAAACUGUCCAGGCCCUCUUUAAGACCAGUUUUUCAACCGAGUUGCCUUUCCAUCCAGCUGAAAUAAUGGCUUUUGUACUGCUUGGACUGUUAUGUGGAGCCAGCAGCUGUUUUUAUUUAUUCUGUCAUCGUUGGAUUCUACGUUUUGUUAAAAGAAUCAAAUUCUUGAGUCGAUUUAUAGCAACAGAGAAGGCACUUUAUUCAGGUUCUGUGGUGUUCCUCCUGGCUGUAAUCACUUUUCCUUACUCUGCAGGACGUUUUAUGGCUAGCCAGCUCUCCAUGAAACAGCUCCUCUCCACCCUCCUAGACAACAAACAGUGGAUCUCCAUUUCCCAGAACAGCACCGUGCAGCAUGACAAUACUGACAAUUCACUCUGGCAAGCGUGGAGUCCAUCUGGCACCAGUGUCUUCCUGAGCCUGGCAUUCUUUCUCUUUAUGAAGCUUUGGCUGCUGGUCCUGGCUUGUACUUUACCCCUGCCUGCUGGCUACUUCAUGCCUGUUUUCAUUUAUGGUGCUGCCAUUGGACGCUUGCUAGGUGAAAGCUUGGCUUAUCUGUUCCCAAAUGGAAACUCAUCAGAGGGGAGAUUGAGUCUGAUAAACCCAGGGGGCUAUGCUUUGGCUGGUGCUGCUGCUUUCUCAGGUGCGGUGACACACACACUUUCGCCUGCCCUCUUGGCACUGGAGCUGACGGGUCAGGCCACCCAUGCUGUGCCCACGCUGUUAGCCACACUGGCAGCCAAUGCUUUAGCACGCUCAAGGAAUCUCCCAUCUUUCUAUGACGGAAUAUCCAUUAUCAAGAAACUCCCCUACCUCCCCUCAAUCAUCAGAGAAUGUCCAAAGCUGGCUUCUAUCCAGAUUGGGCAGUGUCUGAGCCCAGCAGGAGUAGUGCUUGAGAGGGAUGAGACGUUGUCAGGAGUGCAGCGUAUCCUCAGCUCCAGUACAGACACUGAAUUCCCUGUGGUGGCAACUCAUGAGUGCCAAAGAGUCCUGGGCAUCAUCAGCAGAGCUGACCUGGAGACAGUCCUGCUCCAGGACAAAAACAAGGUUUGGAGCAAACAUCUGGGGGACAUUUGUGUUAUUCAGCCAUUCAGAGUACAGUUGUCUACUGACAGUACUGUUAAGCAGGUCCAUUGUAUCAUGAGUGUUGUUGGUGAGCAGCAUUUGUUUGUGACCCAAGAGGGCAAACUUGUAGGAGUCAUCACAUGGAAAGAGAUGAAGAGAAUCAUUGAGGAUUUGGCCAAAGAAGUCUGA